UUAUAUCGGCCCUAACUUUAAUUGAAUUUUUGUUCAAAAUUUGAGAUGAAUUUACUGCUACAACUUGGACAGUAAAUGCUACAGUAGCUAUAGUAGCAAUAGCUACCCACAAAAAAACAAUGACGAAACGGCACACAUUUAAAAAUACCUUGACCAAAACACUGUGGAAGGGACACGCUGCCCGACAUUGCCGCAGGCAAAUAUGGGAACGUGUGCAUUUGAGUGGGGAGCCAAGAGAGAGCGACAGAGGGAGAGAGAGAGAGCAGAAGCAGGCGCCAGCAUCAGAAACUAAUCAACGGACUUUGAUGGCGACGACGACGACGACGACGACACCUGCAACAAAGCCAGCAUAAAAACCUCAAAUGAGAUUUAAUGGCACGGCAAGGAGGAGCUGAGCAGCAGCAGCCCAGUUGGAUGCGAGGUGUUGGCUAUUUUUAAACCACAAGGACCGAGCCGCGCAGCAGGUACAGCAGCCUGGGUAGAGCAAAAGGAUAACGAUUGCUGGCCGCACAGUUUCACUUUGGUCGCUGAAUAUGGAGGCCGCUUGGCUACUAGCUCUGGGAUUAGCUCUGACUCUGGAGGCGAUUCGCAGCAGCAGUGGACAGCAGCAGCAAGUGGCUGCCAGCAGCAAACAGUCGCAACUGUGGCUGGAUUGCUCCUGCCUGCAUGCCAAUGAGCGGAAUGCCAGCCAGUGGGGCAGGGUGAGCAUCAAUGCGAGUCAGGCACUCGGCGCCAAGAACAACUGCCUGAUGGUGUUCAUCGGGGGCAUGGAUGAUGAGCUGGUUGCCUUUCAGCUUGAGCAGUUGCAGCUGCGCGCCGGGUGCUUGGACAGCGUUGAGAUUUUUCCGUAUCUGCGCGAGCCCGUCAUCGAGAACUCAACACUGCCGGCGGACACUUUCUGCCUGCAUAGCAAUAAUCGCACUGCCACGCCUAUUUAUAGCUCGGGCAGGCUGCUGGGAUUGCGGCUGCGUUUCCAGCAUCCGCCCACAAAGUUGGACAAUUGGAAGCUGAACCUCACAGCCAGCUAUAGCUUUCUGAAACGAGAAAACUUCAAAACGGAGGGGCGGUUGGUGCCGCACAGCUACUGCGAUUUUUACUUCUUUGCCAGUUUGGCCGGGGAGGUGGGCAGCCUGGGGCAGGGCUACUUUCACUCGCCCCGCUUUCCCGCUCACUAUCCCGCACACAUCAAGUGCGCCUACAAGUUCAUCGGGCGGCCCGAUACUCGCGUGGAAAUCCUCUUCGAGGAGCUGCAACUGCCGCCAGUGCUUAGCGGCGGCUGUCAGCUGGAUGCGCUGACAAUCUUCGAUGCGGAGUCCGCACACAUGAACGCCGUGCUGGAUGUCCUGUGCACGCCCUGCCCCACGCGUCGACUCGUGAGCAGCGGCCCGGAUAUGCUGCUGGAGUUUAAUGCCAGCUCGAAUCGUACAGCCAAAGGAUUUCGCGGUAAGUACAAGUUUGUGUCAACUGGACAGGGGUCGCCGUUGCCACCCCCGCCAGCACCCAUACUGGAGGCAGCCAGUGUGGCAUCGAAGCAGGAGAAGCUGCUGGCCAACAGCGUGAACAGUCUUCAGGCGGAUGCGGAGCUGUCGAAGCCCGGACGUUCAUUUGAGAAAUGCCAGCACACGUACGAUUCGCGUGUAAACAAAUCAGGCACAUUCGAGUCGAAUCAGCUGUUCUUCAGCAAGAACUUUGGCGUUACCAACACUGGCGGGAGAAGCAUUCUCUGCCGCUACAAUUUUGAAGCGCAACCGCCCGAACGCAUUCAAAUCCGAUUUCAUGACUUUAAUAUACCAACCAUACACGAAAACUCCACUGAAUGCCAGGCAAAUGAUGCUCUCCACGUGAUGAUUGAAGUGCGCGGCAGAUACGAGACACGGGAGCUUCUGUGUGGUGCGUUUCUGCCCAAACCUCUGAUGUCGAAUGGCCCGCAGAUCCAUAUGCAGUACUUUGGAAAGUAUCCACCAGAAAUGACCAACAAGGUGCAGUAUUACGGAUUUCGUGCGGAGUACAGGUUCCUAACAAAUUUUGGCAUCAUGUCGGGCGUCCAACAGGGCGAGGAAUGCACUUUCGUCUACAACAGCAGCGAACGCAUCAGCGGCCUCUUCCAUUCUCCCAAUUUUCCUGGAUAUUAUCUGGAGAACGUGGUGUGCAACUAUUACUUCUACGCCGGCAGAGACGAACGAGUUGUCGUACAUUUUACUUACUUUGAUGUGGAGGGCAUUGGCGCUUGUGAUCACCAGACCGCCAGCGACUAUGUGGAGUUUUCGAAUUUCAUGAGCACAGAUCGCAAGUACAGUAAAUACUGUGGCAAGCUGCAGGACUUUGAAAUGCGCUCGGAUGGUCAUUUCUUUCGGGUGACACUGCACUCCAACGAUCGGUUUGUGGCCAUUGGAUUUCGCGCCCUGUACACAUUUGAGCCGAUUCCAAUAAAUAACUCCAACGCCGAUUUGCGGGGCAAUGCCUCAAUGCAGAGUUAUGUGUCUCGUGCACCUUCAAAGCAGGAUUUCUACAACUUAGUUGCUCUUAUUUUGGUUACAAUUUCAUUUAUAAAACAUAAUAUAUAAAAAUAAUGCAUUCAAAUUUCGAUGUAUCUUAAGGGCCAUCGAUGACGGAACUUCAUUAUCAUGUUAUCAUUAGCAACCGUGUUUUUAACAGCUAAUCACCUGGGCAAAAGUUGCUUUUAUAUUGUGGAGUCACCAGUGCCGCCAUGUUAUCAGAGGAAUAAAUACACUUGUAUAGUCUGAUCGCUACUAAUAACUAUUCGGUUGUCGUACACGGCAAGAACACCAGAAGAAGCGAAUAAUUUCGAACUGAUAAGGAAUUA